CACCAUCCAUCGCUCAACCGGAAACUGUCUCCGACUCCGAAACUCCGGCUCAAAACUCUAACGUAAUCUCGUCGUUGGAGAUCAUGGGCGAAGCCGUUCCUGAGUUCUUCCUCCCUUCCGCCGGUUUCUCCAAGCUCCGCGGCGACGUCGAACGGCCGAACCCGAAGCUCGACGUCGGCGAUGAUUCCGAUGACAAUAACAAAUGUUGUUGGUUCGAGGAAGUCAUCGAUGAAGAUCUCAAAUGGUCUUUUGUUUUGAAAAGUGUACUAUACAAAGGGACUAGCGAAUACCAAGACAUAGCUCUUCUCGACACAAAGCGCUUCGGAAAGGUAUUGGUGAUAGACGGGAAAAUGCAAAGCGCGGAAUCAGAUGAAUUUAUUUACCAUGAAUGUUUGAUCCAUCCGCCUCUCUUAUCCCACCCUCGCCCGAAAACGGUUUUUAUAAUGGGAGGCGGAGAAGGGUCAGCUGCAAGGGAGGUCCUUCGGCACAGCUCUAUAGAAAAAGUAGUCAUGUCUGAUAUUGAUCAGGAGGUGGUGGACUUUUGCCGUCGAUUUUUAACAGUGAAUCAGGAGGCUUUUAGCGACAAGAAGCUUGACCUCGUCAUUAAUGAUGCCAAGGCUGAGCUAGAAGGGAGGAAUGAGAAAUUUGAUAUCAUAGUGGGAGACUUAGCAGACCCCAUGGAAGGAGGGCCUUGCUACCAACUCUACACAAAGUCAUUCUAUGAGAAAAUUCUCAAGCCUAAGCUUCAUGACAAUGGCAUCUUUGUUACACAGGCAGGCCCAGCAGGUGUGUUCACACACAAGGAGGUAUUCUCAUCUAUAUACAACACAAUCAAACAAGUCUUCAAGUAUGUGGUUGCAUACACAGCUCAUGUACCCUCCUUUGCAGAUACAUGGGGAUGGGUUAUGGCUUCCGACGAACCUUUCUGCAUAAAUGCUGAGGAAUUAGACGACAGAAUUGAGAAUAGGAUCAAAGGGGAACUACUUUACUUGAGUGGUGCUUCUCUGCUCUCCUCCACUGUCAUGAAUAAGAAUGUGUCCCUCUCGUUGUUGAAUGAAACUCAUGUGUACACAGAGGAAGAUGCAAGAUUUAUCCAUGGACAUGGGGUGGCUUACCGCGGUUGAGGGCCUCAGGCCUUGGUUUUGGGGGAAUUGCUGUACAGGAAAAGCAAGACUUUAGGAUAGAAGUUCAAAUCUUCUCCAAAUUUUAAGAAACCAAUUAAACAAAAGUGAUUUGAGGGGUUUUGAGUUUAGAUGGGCAUAUGGUAUGUUCUUGUUAGAACUGGAAAGGAAAGUGAUCAAUUAUAUGGUCAUCUUCAUCUAAUCUUUGGUUGAAUCACGAGGCAUUCCUCCAUUCAGAUUUCAUUCCUGAAUUUUAUUUUAUUUUUCCUUUUGGAGUUUUUGUUUGUAGUUCCAUCUCUGAAAUGACAUGCUAUCAGCUGUCUAAAAAGUAUGGAAGGCAGUAAUUUCUGAAUUCAAA